AACAUAAUCUAAUUUGUAUUUUUUCUAGUACAUAACUUUGUGCAUUUAUUAGAGCUAAGUAUUUGUUGUCUUAAUUAUCCAUUUGUUUGUAUUAUUAGGUAGGUACGUAUUAAAAAUAAUAGAACAUCAUUAAAGCAAUUAAUGCGGGUUAUGACUAAUACAUUAACAAAGGAAGAUAAGGGCCUGUUAUUAUCAGUUUAUCACACAAAUAUAUCUAAGUGGUGGAGGCGUGAAAAAAGCCUACACGCACCUCACUUAACGUUAAAUUAUCGAACCAAACACAUACUUAUGUUAACAAGGAUAAAAAUGAGUUCCGAAUACCUCUCGAAAGAUAUUUUAGAAGAGGAUUUUUUAAAAACAUUUACUCCUUACCAUAUUUGCCAAAAAGUUUUAGGGUCAUGUCGCGUCAACGCUAAAAAUAGAUUUGUUACAGCGCCAACGAUAUGGCAAAGAGGGUAUACUGUAUUUUGUAUGACUCUCCUUAUACCGUGUUACGUUAAGUUGUUCUUGAUAUUUACCGAGCAAUAUUCCGAUAAUGUUACCAUGUUUUUUCUGAUAGUUACAAUGUUAACAGUACAGAUUAUUAUAUUCACUAGCAAUUUGAUCCACGUACGUUUCCUGACUUGCCAUGAGAACAUAGAGUUCUAUAUUAAAAUGCAAGGGAUCGAACGUAUUAUGAAAAUUGACAAAGAUAAAACGCUUAGCUCUCUGCAAUACAAAGUUCAUGUAAUGUCUAUACUAUUUUUGUCUUUGAGUGGUUUAGGACUUGUAAGUUUGAGUUUUACAAGAGGUACUAUUUCGGCAAUAUUACUUUGCUCUGGGAUCUACUGUGAAGCUCCUUUCGCUGUAGAAAUGAGUCAUUGUUCUAAUAUAAUGCUUUACUUUGCAUUGCGUAUCCGUUUAGUCAACGCGAUCGUAUCAAAUCACAUUUACGGAAACACUUCAUCGAAACCUUUAAUUCCUGAUAUGUUCACAAAUCACUAUAUGAAAAAUGUGGCUGCUAAAAUACAUGAUUUUAAAACUAGUGAAACCGAUAUUUAUUUACGAGAAAUAAUACGCGGUUUUAAUAUGUAUAAGGAUCUCUACAAGUUUCAAAUUCUCUUACUAUGUGUAAAGAUAUUUAUUUAUGCGCUAAUAACAUUUGAAUACACUCUUCUAUCAGUGAAGUACAAUAUCUAUGACGUGGUUCAUGUAGCUGCAUUUUCUUCAAUAAUAACCGUGGAUUUAUUAACAGUCAUGUUUCUUUGCCUGCGAUGCGAGAUUUUCAUUAGAUCAGUCAAAGAAACCAAACUAUUAACGAUCUCGGUUAUGUCCAUUUACCUCGAUGGACCACUCAGAAAGAAGGCUAAAUGUAUGUAUGACAUUAUAGAAGAAAUUCCGCCAGAUUUAUCAAUAUACGAUAUGUGGAACCUGGACGCACGUAUUGUGUUUGCAUUAUUUUACACAAUCACGAAUUUUAUCGUCACAUUACUUCAGUUUGCUUUUUUGUAAUAUUUUUUUAAUAAAAUGAAGAAAUCAUUAAGAGUAAAUUAGAAAAGGUAGAUCUAAAUAAAAUAGCGUUUAAGAACUUUCAAAUUUUAUGUAGAAAAAAUGCAUUCAUUGUAUAAAAUUAUUUCAAUUGAAAAAGUACAGUAAUAACUCAUUCAUGAAAUAAAAAUAUUUUUUUUCGUAUAAAAAUACAUAAUACUACUUCAAAAAUAAGUAAAUAUAAAACGCCAUACAUAAAAUAGUCUAGGUUUAGUCAAAGGAUUAUAGCAGUUUCUUGAGACAACAAUAAAUUAUAAUAGAAUACUCAGUUAAAAUCGAGUUAUUAAAG